AUGCUCCAUCUUACGCUGCAUGGUAAAGAAGUAAAAGAGCAACGAGACGGUGGUUCCGAUCUUGAGGUGUUGGCACAUAAAGUAAAUGAUUUUGCUGAUAUUUCUGGCAUUGAUGUUGACGGAUUUGGCGGUAACUUUAAUUUUGGGAUGGAUUGGAUCACAUGGGAAAACAUGCUUGAUAACAAAAAGAAGUGUGAGUUGGAAGCUGCUAAACUAUUAAAUUGGUCACCUUAUAAAAAUCAUGUUGAACAUAUGAUAGAAGAUAUCAAUGAUGAUGUAUCUUUGUUACCGUCAACUCAGAUUCCAUUUGUUGACAUUAAUACACAAGUUACUAAUGAAUACAUGACUCGAAAUACUGAAUCUAGUUAUGUAUCUAAUAUUGCAACAAAUGAUUCACUAUAUGUUUCAGCUUCAUUCAAUGACUGUGGAUGGAGUUCUUGCACAACCAAUUCCAACAUGAUAUUUGAGGAAUUUGUCUAUCCAAAAGGGGACUCAGAUGCUAUAACUCUCAGUAAGAAAGAUGUUGAUUUAUUACAACCAAAUAUAUAUAUCAAUGAUACGAUUAUCGACUUUUACACUAUAUACUUGAAGAAUAAGUUACAGGAGAAUGAAAAGGAUAGAUUCCAUUUUUUCAAUAGUUUUUUCUUUCGAAAGUUGGCUGAUAUGGACAAAAUUUCACCCAAUUCCUGUGAUGGAAAAUCAGCAUUUCUACGUGUUCGUAAAUGGACAAGAAAAGUAAAUCUGUUUGAAAAAGAUUACAUUUUCAUACCAGUGAACUUCAAUCUUCAUUGGAGCUUAAUAGUAAUUUGUCAUCCUGCUGAAGUGCUUAAUAUUAAUGAUAGAGAGCUUGAAAAAGCACUUAGGAUACCCUGCAUAUUGCACUUGGAUUCUAUAAAGGGAUAUCAUAGUAAUAUAAAAGACGUUGUACGAAGUUAUUUGUGGGAAGAAUGGAAAGAAAGGAAGAAAGAAACAUGUGGAGAAGAUCUCUCAUCAAAAUUCUUGAAUAUGCCUUUUUUCUCAAUUGAGGUACCACAACAGGAAAACUCAUAUGAUUGUGGCAUCUUUUUACUUCAUUACUUAGAGCUAUUCUUGGCUGAAGCUCCAUUUAAUUUCAAUCCAUUAAAAAUAACCAAGCUCUCCAACUUUCUUAAUUUGGAUUGGUUUCCACCUGAGGAGGCUUAUCGCAAGAGAAAUAUUAUUCGUAAAUUAAUCUUUGAAUUGGUGGAAAAUCAUAAAUCACACGAAGGAAUUUUCCUUGACAAUUGUGAUGACCAACAUUGCGUAGAACAUCAUGAUAACACGAUUGAUGGUCAGUCUCAUUUAAUCAAUCAGGAGGCAGCUACUUCUCAAUUUGGCCGGGGAAUAGAAAUGGAUCCAUCUUUCGAUGCUUCUAGUAUAAUUUACAAGGAGCAUUUUGUGCAAGAAGCUCCAUUAGAAAAUUCAUUUGGAAAAUGUCAAUAUUUUGAUCCGCCGUCAUCUAAUCAUUGGUUCAAUGGUUCAACAAUUAAAAUAGAGGAAGAGACAACAAUUUUACCUCAAUCAAGUUGUUCAUCGCAUGAUUCAAAUGGUGUAGAGAUAUCAAAUAUCAAGUCUGUUGGCAACAAGUAUUGGUACCAUGACUUGUUCUAUCAAGGGACACCAACUCUACAAUUAAAUCAAGUUAUACAUGCAGUAGAUAACAAGGUCAUCGACAAUGAUGUUCGUAUUAUCGAAGAUAUGAAAGCUUGUCCUUGGGUGGAGCGACCUGCAAAAAAGAGGCAACUUAUACCUCUACCUAGGUGGAAGUGA